GAGCCGGGCCAGUCAAUCAGCCGCAGAGCUGAGAAGGGCACAACUGUGCGGCCGAGGGCAGUGAGCGGAGCCGCGCCGGGUAGCCGGAGCGCCGCGCCAGCGAUCACCCGCCGACGCCGCCCACACUCUGCUCUCCUGCGACGCCUGCCACCUUCCCUUCCUUUCCUGAGCCCCUCCGCCCCUAGCCAACUGGCCCGGGAUCUCUAGCCUUCGGAGCCCCGAGGUCACCGAUCCUCUCCCUAUUUCCCUUGGGUCCUGCGCCCAUUCCACGCCUUUUUCCCUGUACUCCACCCCGGCCGGGCGCCUGGCACCGGGGACCGUUGCCUGACGCGAGGCCCAGCUCCACUUUUCGCCCGCGUCUCCUCCUCUUGCCCUCCUCCUCCUCCUUCUUUGCUACCAACUGCAACUCCUCGGUCCUCGCUCCACUCGUGAGUCCUUGACUCCGCGCUUCUCCGCCCGCUCCGCAACCCCGCUUUCCAUCCGGUCUCAUUCUGUUCCCCAAAGGUGGGAGCGCGUCUGCCCGGGUCCGCACCAUGGCACGGUUAGGCUUGCUCGCGCUUCUCUGCACCCUGGCCGCGCUCACUGCCUCGCUGCUGGCUGCGGAGCUCAAGUCGAAAAGUUGCUCGGAAGUGCGACGUCUUUACGUGUCCAAAGGCUUCAACAAGAACGAUGCCCCCCUCUAUGAGAUCAACGGUGACCAUUUGAAGAUCUGUCCCCAGGGCUACACCUGCUGUUCUCAAGAGAUGGAAGAGAAGUAUGGCCUGCAAAGUAAAGAUGAUUUUCAAAGCGUGCUCAGCGAACAGUGCAACCAUUUGCAGGCCGUCUUUGCGUCCCGCUACAAGAAGUUUGAUGAAUUCUUCAAAGAACUACUUGAAAAUGCAGAGAAAUCCCUGAAUGAUAUGUUUGUGAAGACAUAUGGCCACUUAUACAUGCAAAACUCAGAGCUAUUUAAAGAUCUCUUCGUAGAGUUGAAGCGCUACUACGUGGCGGGAAACGUGAACCUGGGAGACAUGCUAAAUGAGUUCUGGGCUCGCCUUCUGGAGCGCAUGUUCCGCCUGGUGAACUCGCAGUACCAUUUUACAGAUGAGUACCUGGAAUGUGUGAGCAAGUACACAGAGCAGCUGAAGCCCUUUGGAGAUGUCCCUCGGAAACUGAAGCUCCAGGUUACGCGUGCCUUUGUCGCAGCCCGGACUUUUGCUCAAGGCCUAGCAGUUGCAAGGGACAUAGUGAGCAAAGUCUCUGUGGUGAACCCCACAGCCCAGUGCACGGAAGCGCUGCUGAAGAUGACCUACUGUUCCCACUGCCGGGGCCUGGUGUCUGUGAAGCCCUGUUACAACUACUGCUCUAACAUCAUGAGAGGCUGUUUGGCCAACCAAGGAGAACUUGAUUUCGAGUGGAACAAUUUCAUAGACGCUAUGCUGAUGGUGGCGGAGAGGCUGGAGGGCCCUUUCAACAUUGAGUCGGUUAUGGAUCCUAUCGAUGUGAAGAUUUCUGAUGCUAUCAUGAACAUGCAAGAUAAUAGUGUGCAAGUGUCUCAGAAGGUUUUUCAAGGCUGUGGGCCUCCGAAGCCUCUCCCGGCUGGCCGAAUUUCUCGGUCCAUCUCUGAAAGUGCCUUCAGCGCUCGAUUCAGGCCUUAUCAUCCAGAGCAACGCCCAACCACAGCCGCUGGCACUAGUUUGGACCGGCUGGUUACUGAUGUCAAGGAAAAACUGAAACAGGCUAAGAAGUUCUGGUCCUCUCUCCCAAGCACUGUUUGCAAUGACGAGAGGAUGGCGGCAGGGAAUGGCAAUGAGGAUGACUGCUGGAACGGCAAGGGCAAAAGCAGGUACCUGUUUGCAGUGACAGGAAAUGGAUUGGCCAACCAGGGCAACAACCCAGAAGUCCAGGUCGACACCACCAAACCAGACAUACUGAUCCUUCGUCAAAUCAUGGCCCUUCGGGUUAUGACCAAUAAAAUGAAGAAUGCUUACAACGGCAACGACGUGGACUUCUUUGAUAUCAGUGAUGAAAGUAGCGGAGAAGAAAGUGGAAGUGGAUGUGAAUAUCAGCAGUGUCCUUCUGAGUUUGAGUACAAUGCCACUGACCAUUCUGGGAAGAGUGCCAAUGAGAAAGCCGACAGUGCCGGUGCCCGUGCUGAGGCAAAGCCCUAUCUCCUCACUGUCCUCUGCCUCUUGUUCUUCGCUGUGCAGAGGGAGUGGAGAUAAUUGUGAAACUCCGAGUAAAAGUGUUCAUCGUCAGAGAGUUCAGAGGCACCAGUUCUCACUUUUUUACCAUCCUAGUGACUUUGCUUUUUAAAUGAAUGGACAGCAAAUGUACAGUUUUUACUAUGUGGCCACUGGUUUGAGCAAUGUUGACUUUGUUUUCUCAUUCAGUUUGAGGGGACAGCAGGAACUCCUGCGUUUAAGUUUGUUCUGCUCCUUCAGAAAUCGUGUUCAAUGUGGCUAACAGUGUAGGUACAGAGCUGUAGUUAGUUGUGCAUUUGUGAUUUACCACUCUUGUUUUGUUUUGUUUUGUUUUUUUGCUCAUUUUAUUUGUGGGGCUUUUCUUUUUGAAUUAUGAUCUCACCUUGUUUCUCACAAGAAAACCAGGGUCCUUUCUUGGCAUGUAACAUGUACGUAUUUCUGAAAUAUUAAAUAGCUGUACAGAAGCAGGUUUAUUUAUCAUGUUAUCUUAUUAAAGGAAAAAGCCCAACAAGCCGUAAAAUUUC